AUGACACGAGAGCAGUAUAUUUUAGCAACACAACAGAACAGCCUUGCAAGGACUGAAAAUCCUCAAUUUUACCCAGUAGGGAUUUAUGGAUGGCGAAAGAGGUGCUUAUACUUCUUUGUACUUCUGCUGUUGGUUACCAUGAUUGUUAACUUAGCAAUGACAAUAUGGAUUUUGAAGGUCAUGAAUUUCACAGUGGAUGGAAUGGGAAAUUUGAGAGUCACUAAAAAAGGAAUACGACUUGAAGGAAUAUCUGAAUUUCUACUUCCACUAUACGUGAAAGAAAUCAAUUCCCGAAAGGAUAGCCCACUGGUCUUACAGUCUGACAGAAAUGUAACAGUGAAUGCAAGAAAUCACAUGGGACAGUUAACUGGACAACUGACAGUAGGAGCUGACGCUGUGGAGGCCCAGUGUAAGAGAUUUGAAGUAAGGGCAAGUGAAGGUGGAAAAGUAUUAUUUUCUGCAGAUGAAGAUGAGAUAGUCAUUGGAGCUGACAGACUGAAGGUAACAGGCACGGAAGGGGCAGUGUUUGGACAUUCCGUGGAGACACCCCAUAUCAGAGCAGAACCUUCCCAAGACCUCAAACUUGAAUCUCCAACUAGAUCUUUGGUGAUGGAAGCACCCAGGGGAGUGCAAAUCAAUGCAGCUGCAGGAGAUUUAAAGGCUACAUGUAGAAAAGAACUGCACUUACAGUCUACAGAAGGGGAGAUAUUUUUAAAUGCAGAUACAAUCCGCCUGGGAAAUCUACCAGUGGGCUCCUUCUCCUCCUCUUCACCGAGCUCUUCAGCUCCUCGCCAGACAAUCUAUGAGAUCUGCAUCUGUCCCAAUGGUAAACUUUACCUGUCCCCAGCAGGAGCAGGCUCCACAUGUCAAUCCAGUAGCAACAUCUGCUUGUGGAGCUAG